CAAGUAAAGAAUAACUUAGAACCGGGUCUGAUGUUUGUUGAUGACCCUUCUCUACAACACACCUUGAAACGGAGACGACUCGAGAUCAUCGAUUCCAUGGAAGCUUCUUCUUCAGCUCAGGCUAAACUUGCUGAUAUGCGAGAAAAAUUAGGGCGUGAGGUUCGUGUUUUCGAGACUUCGAGUAUCUCACAGAGGCCAACUCAAGCUUCUAGUGCUGAAGAUGAAUCUGAUGAUUUCUACGAGUUCACACCUGCGGAUUAUUACCGACUCUUGGCUACUAAGAAAGAAGAUAAAUCCUUGAAGACAAGAAAACUCAGGGAAGCAGAAGAAGCUGCUCGUCGAUCAAAGCUUACUAAGGCUGUAAUCCGGGUUCGUUUCCCUGAUAAUCACACAUUGGAGGCAAUAUUUCAUCCCUCAGAGAAGAUCCAGUGCUUGAUUGAUCUUGUCAGAAGAGUAGUUGCCCAACCAGAUACGCCUUUCUACUUGUACAAUACUCCUCCCAAGAAACAGAUAAAAGAUUUCUCACAAGACUUCUACUCUGCUGGGUUUGUUCCUGGAGCAAUUGUCUACUUUGCAAACGAUCAACCAAAAGAUGAUGGUGCUAGUUCAGCUCCUUAUCUUAAUGAAGAGAUCUUGUCACUGAAAGAUUUAGAGGUCAUGACCAAAGCAGAAGAACCGGGUGAGGCGUCGUCAGAGCCAGCCACAGUUGACUCUGGUCAUGUACCAGUUGAACAGGAGCCUAAACCCACAGAGAAGAAGAGUACAAAGCCAAAGUGGUUUAAAAUGUGAUCUCACUUGCGUUUACCCACAUAACAAGAAACUAGCAGCAUGUUGACUUUGAUAUGUGACGGUUCUGAGUAUGUCAGCAUUAUUGUGUCGGUAUGGCUCUUGGCUUCUUUUGGAUUUUGUGGGCGUAAAAGUUACUUCCAUUUAUAGCAUUUUAUUCUCCUCUGCUUCUUGCCAAAGUAGAAACGUAU